UCCGAGAGUCUCAGUUUCUUCGCGCUUCCCGUUUCCAGCUCGAUACAGGUCGACUAUGGACGCUCCGAUCAUCCCAUUCCACACUUCUCCUUGAAGAGCUAAGAGAGGGGGAGGGGGACUGGUUGAUUCAAAAGAACUACAUAUACAAGAAUAGAAUUCGCCAUCGGCUGAUCUCGACGAAGUUUCCUCCGUCGAGCUGAAUUAAUGGCUCCGGCCAUCUCCGAGAGAGUCGAACUCGCUAAGUUCUGUCGCUCAAAGGACUGGUCUAAGGCAAUCAGAGUCCUCGACUCGCUCAUAACCAAGUCCUGCACCGUUCAAGACAUAUGCAAUAGAGCAUUCUGCUACAGCCAAUUGGAGCUGCACAAGCAUGUAAUUAAGGACUGCGACAGAGCGCUUCAGCUGGAUCCCUCGCUUCUUCAAGCUUAUGUGCUCAAAGGUCGUGCAUACUUUUCCUUGGGAAAGAAAGGGGACGCUCUUUCCGUUUGGGAGAGUGGCUACCAGUAUGCUCUAUGUCAAUCUGCAGACCUGAAGCAAUUGCUAGAACUGGAAGAUCUUUUGACAAAAGAAAAACAAGACAAAAACAAUGUGGAAAAUGGAGAAGUGGAGUUGGGAUUUUCAACCGUUGUUCUUGAAUCAGAAGUUACACCUGCUAACAGAAAAUUGAGUGAAACAAAUAAUAAUGAAGAUAAAUUAAUGGAACAUCCUGAUUUCUACAUGAAUCCAAGUGAUGCGUCUGAAGUUUGCAGCAGAUCAAGUGACAAUCUUUCUGUAUUUGAAGGCGGAAGCGAAGAAAUUGGUCAGAACAGUAACAUUAACUGUGAAAGCAAUGGGCGUAGUGACUAUGAUGAUGCUUCCAAAUUGCAUGAUUUAAGAAGUGAUAUAUCUGAAUUUUCUAGUAAGUCCAAAGUAACGGCUUUCCAUAGCAAAUCAAGUGAUUCCAAUGACAUUUUAAGUAAGCCAAUUAAAAUUGCAGAUAUACAAGGCAAUUUAAGUGAUGAAGCCAAGAGAACUAAGAAAUUCCCUGUUGCUAAAGUUUCAAAGACAAAGUCAAUACGUGUAGAUUUCCGACUAUCAAGAGGCAUAGCUGAGGUCAAUGAAGGGAAGUAUGCUAUCGCUAUUUCUAUCUUUGACCAGAUAUUGAAGGAAGAUCCCAGUUAUCCUGAGGCAUUAAUUGGAAGAGGAACAGCUUAUGCAUUCCAAAGAGAGCUUGACGCUGCUAUCGGUGAUUUUACAAAGGCUUUAGAAUCAAACCCAUUUGCUGGUGAGGCAUGGAAACGAAGAGGGCAGGCUCGGGCCGCAUUAGGAGCAUCUGCUGAGGCAAUUGAAGAUUUAACUAAGGCACUGGAGCUUGAGCCAAAUUCUGCAGAUAUUUUACAUGAAAGGGGAAUCGUUAAUUUCAAGUUCAAGGACUUCUACGCUGCUGUGGAGGACUUGUCUGAAUGUCUGAAGGUGGAUGGGUGUAAUACAUCUGCAUAUACAUACUUGGGCUUGGCAUUGUCUUCAAUUGGUGAUUACAAAGGGGCUGAGGAGGCACACUUGAAAUCAAUUCAAUUAGAUAGAAAUUUCCUUGAGGCGUGGGGCCAUCUAAUUCAGUUCUAUCAAGAUUUGGCAAACACAACAAAGGCUUUGGAAUGUCUUCAUCAAGUUCUUCAGAUGGACAGCACGUUUGUCAAAGCAUAUCAUUUGUGCGGGCUACUGUAUCAUGGAAUAGGGGAACACAGAAAGGCUAUCAAGGAAUUAUCUAUUGGAUUGAACAUUGAGAAUUCCAACAUUGAGUGUCUGUAUUUGCGAGCUUCCUGCUACCAUGCUAUUGGAGAAUAUGGGUUAGCGGUCAAGGACUAUGAUGCUACCUUGGAUUUGGAUCUAGAUUCCAUGGACAAAUUUAUGCUUCAAUGCCUAGCAUUCUAUCAGAAGGAAAUUGCUCUAUACACAGCAUCUAAAAGCAAUAGUGAUUUUUGUUGGUUUUCUAUUGAUGGGGAUAUUGAUCCACUCUUCAAGGAGUAUUGGUUCAAACGAUUGCACCCGAAGGAUGUUUGCGAAAAGGUUUUCAGACAACCUCCAAUACGCGAGCCUUUAAAGAAGGGUAGAGUUAGAAAGCAAGACCACGGGAUGACAAAGCAGAAGAUAUCACUUCUAUUGGCUGCUGAUAAUAUUGGGAGAAAAAUCCAGUAUGAUUGUCCCGGGUUCUUGUCAAAUCGGCGUCAGCAUCGCAUGGCAGGAUUAGCUGCCAUUGAUGUUGCUCAAAGGAUUUCAAGAACUUGGCGUUCGCUGCAAGCAGAAUGGAAAUGUUCCAAUAAAAACACAACCAAGUAUGGUAAAAGAGCUCGUAGAAGAGAAAGGCCCAGUAUAUCCAGCCAGAAUAGAGGUGGUGCUGGUUGUAGUACUAGUGGCUUUUCAGAAACAUCAUCUUCAAGUAGCCAUCUGGAAGAUAGAUUACCUGGUCAUAAUUUUAUUUCAUGGCAAGAUAUUUACUCUUUAGCUGUCAAGUGGAGACAAAUUUCCGAACCCUGUGAUCCUGUUUUGUGGAUUAAUAAACUAAGUGAAGAGUUCAAUUCUGGAUUUGGAUCUCAUACAUCUAUGAUUCUUGGGCAAGCAAAAGUGGUUCGGUACUUCCCAAAUUUUGAGAGGACACUAGAAGCCGCAAAAACGGUCAUUAAGCAGAAAUCCUUUGUGUACAACAAGUCAGACAUGAUGGUGGACCUGAGUGGGGAUGGAAAAUUACAAGAUAUUAUGCAAGCAAAGUCGUGCUCUGAUCUUUAUAAAGUGGUUGGUGAGGAUUUUUGGUUGGCUACGUGGUGCAACAGUACUGCUUUCGAGGGGAAGCAACUUGAAGGGACGAGGAUUACACUAGCAAAGACGGGAGAACGUGGAUUUGAUUUUGCAAUCAGAACUCCAUGUACAGCUUCCAGAUGGGAAGAAUUUGAUGCAGAGAUGACGACAGCAUGGGAAACAAUAUGCAAUGCUUAUUGCGGAGAAAACUAUGGCUCUAUGGAUUUUAGCACUCUAGAAAGUGUGAGGGAUGCAAUCCUAAGGAUGAGCUAUUACUGGUACAAUUUUAUGCCACUCUCAAGGGGCUCUGCGGCUGUUGGAUUUGUUGUUUUGCUUGGAUUGCUUCUUGCAGCUAACAUGGAGUUCUGUGGGAACAUCCCACGAGGACUGCAAGUGGAUUGGGAAGCCUUGUUGAAUUUCGAUCCAAAUUGUUUUGUUGAUUCUGUGAAGAGUUGGUUGUAUCCAUCUCUCAAGAUGACAACAUCGUGGAAAGAAUUUCCAGAUGUCGCAUCAACUUUUAAAACAACGGGAUCAGUUGUUUCUGCUUUGAGUUCUUAUGAUGAUUGAGCUCCUCUAGAUUUAAUUAAGGAAAGCCGAUGUGAUUUUGUAAUUUAGACUCGUUUCUCUUGGAAUUUAAUCAACCGUACCUUCUGCAUCAAUGAAGUGGACACAUGGCUGGCAAGCACACAGGCAUCUGUUGCCAAAGCUGAAAGCACAUACACAAAUUUGGUCGUUAACCCCAACAACAGUAUAAAAUUCUGAACUCUCUCUCUCUCUCUGAGUUUCCCUUCAUUUUUCUAUGUAAAAUUCAUUAUAUUAACUAAAUUUUCUGUUGAUAAUAAAAUAUCCAGCUGUAUUCAUGUAUAAGCAUGUUGUUUCAAUCUUCGUGA